CCUUGCCUAAACGUUGGCUGCAAUCCGGUUUUUUUCCUGAACCGAUUCGCUUCCCACCAAUGUCGACGACGACGGGGAGAAGGGGGCUAACCCUAAAUAUCAGCACAACCCUCAGAUUACGAUCUGACGGCUCUAAUAGGUUAUAAGAGCCUUCUAUCAAUCACGCUCCCAGCGACUUACUCGUACAUAAAUCCAUCCCAGCGCUUCCAUCUCGCCGUUGCCCUCUUCCUUCUUCCGCGCUUCGAAGAAGUUUACUUAUUUGUUUGUAAGCAAUGGCUGCAACUUUCUGCAAUCUCAACUCGGUGUCUGGCCUCAAAAAGCUUGAUGAUUACCUUCUUACUCGUAGUUAUAUAACAGGUUACCAAGCUUCCAAAGAUGACCUUGCUGUUUAUGCUGCACUUUCCACGGCUCCAUCGUUGGAGUAUGUUAAUGUAGCUAGGUGGUAUAACCACAUUGAUGCUCUUCUGAAGAUGAGUGGUGUCACCGAGGAAGGUGCUGGUGUGAAAAUUGAAUCAUCUGCUUCUGUUGCCGAGGAGGCCCCAUCCUCUCCUCCUGUUGCUGACAAAAAGGCCCCAGCUGCUGCUGAUGAUGAUGAUGAUAUGGAUCUAUUUGGUGAAGAGACAGAAGAAGAAAAGAAGGCUGCUGAAGAACGUGCAGCAGCUGUUAAAGCAUCUGGAAAAAAGAAAGAGAUGACUGCAAACCAGAAGUUCUUCAUCAUGUUUGGUAGAUUUUAGUGUGUUUUUGUCAUUCAGAGAGCUCUUCAAACUUGUUCUCUGGAGAGAACCUGCUUCAUAUGCUAUAUUGUUAAUUUAAACUUGAAAUUGUUUGGUGAUAUGCAUGGCAUUUUUCAUGUGAUUGCGUUGCUUGUGACAUUUGGGUUUGUUGGGAUCCCAAUUGUGAUGCCUAGUCGCUGAUGCUCCUAAUGUGCAUGGAAGUUUAGCCUUUCAUGAAGGGCAGAAGGCACCAUCUUGGUGCCAUUUCCAAGUCU